AUGGCGAGCAUGGGACCCUUUCCAUCCGAAAGGGUAGGGAGAGAUAUUGACGAUCUACCAAUAUGGCAAGACUGGGACUCCUAUCCAUGUGAAUGGAAUGAAUUCUAUUGUUCCAAAAGUUGGAAUAUCUCCCCGGUGGAGUUUGCUAAAGUGUCUAUAUCUCCUCCUUCUUCGCCCCUUGCCAAGAAGGUAGUUGUGAAGAAGAGAAGAAGCAGCAAGACGUUGUCGUCCAAACGAAGGUCGUCCAAUGGGAGUAUCAGCAGCGACAGAUCAAGAAAAUCAAGCAGUAGCUCGGUCAAGAGCAAAAAGAAGAAAAAAGGCUCAUCGUCGGCAUCAACACCAAAGAGUGAGAAGAAGAAGAAAAAGAGCAAGAAAGACAGAAAGAGCAGUGCAUCCGUUGAUGAUUCGGUCAGCACUUUGAACUCUGCAACAAAUCAAGAGAGCUCUACAGAGUUCAGUUCAUCCUCCUUUCGAUGCGAUAAACUACAAAGCGCUUCCUUUUCGUGUCUUUCUCCAUCCUUGAACCAUGAUGAUUCCAUCACGGGCUGUGAUUUAACGGAUGACAACAGGGACCAUAUUACUCGACGUCCGCAGUCAGAAUCACAACUAGCGGAAACUGCUGAAGGUCCUUCCAAGAAGGUCAAAAAGAAAAAGAAGACAAAAACAAAGGAUCAAAAGAGUCCUCGUAAAGAAAAGGUUACAGAGAAGAAACCACAGUCCACAAGAUCACCAAAGGCCAAAACUACUGUUACAAUGGAAACCUUACCCGAGGAAGUACUUGUAUCAAUGAACCACCAAGGCCUGGGCCGAGGCCUUGCAAGAAGUCUAAGCCCAAAACGAACAACUAGCCACAGCAGGUUCUCCAAGCUAAUGGUGGUUGCGGACGGCAGUAUACGCCGGGCAGUGGAUAGAAAGAAGGGUUCCUUCUGGGAACAGCAAUCGUCCAAGCGCAGAGGAUCUGUGCGACAGUCGAUCCAUAGUGCCUUGGGCGAGUUUUCCGGAGAAAUUGAUGACUCGCUCCAUCUAUUUGAUGAGGACAACAGCAGCAGAUUCGAGUUGGAAUCCAAAACGGCGGAACGAUCCAUCUGUACCGAAAUCACGGAUCCAUGGAACAACAGCUGGUCCGUUUCGAGUGAUAGCUUUCAUGACAAUUCAGAAAGGCUAAAAAGCCCAUCACUGUUGUUAUCCAAAUCACCAGAAGUUGAACAUAUCAAGAGGAUCAAUCCUCUCUGA